AUGGCGGAGCUCACAAGCACGAAGCUGAAUGCAGAGUCGCAUUUACUGCUCGACCAACCACUCCUUCGCAUGCCCUACGAGCUCUCCCGGCGCAACUUCAAAAACGCCCAGCGUGUCAUCGAACACACAUCCACAUCCUUGACCUCCACCCUCAGCAGCACCACCAAAGCCGUAUCGAAGCCCACAACGAAGCCCGAUACGACGCUCGACGCCCUCGACUCGAUGAUAAGCAAAAUGCAAGGACUCAAGCGCAAACUCGAAGUCCUCCACGACGAGGAACAAAAGAUCCAUCGCGCAGCCAAGGCACGCCUCAAACACCUCCAAGACCUCUACGAGAUACAAAGUCUAGUCGACGUGCGCUACGACGAGUGGAGUCGCACCCGGCUCUCCCGCUUACUGGUAGACUGCUUGCUCCGCGAAGGCUACACCGAGUCGGCAACGCACCUGGCGCAGAGCAAAGGCAUCACCGAGCUCGUCGACGUCGAGCCCUUUAUCGCAUGCCACAAAAUUGAGCGGAGUCUGAAGGAGGGCAUGACGACGAGUCUGGCGCUCGAGUGGUGCAAGGAACAUGGCAAGGAGCUGAAGAAGGGGGCGAAUAUGUUGGAGUUUGAACUUCGCUUGCAGCAGUAUAUUGAGCUUGUGAGGCAGGGGCAUGAGGCGGGUGUCAGUGGCAUGGAUGGCUUGGAGAUGGAGGAUGGCAUGCAUGGGGUUAGCAUUGGGGGUGGGGGCGGCGAGAUGAAGUUGGUCGAGGCGCGCACACAUGCGAAGAAGUAUUUGAGUUCGAGUGGCGAUUUUGAGCUGUUGCGACGGGCGGCAGGGCUGUUGGCCUAUAGGCCGUGGGAUGAGGUGGAACCUUAUGCGUCACUUUAUUUGCCAGCAAGGUGGACACAUUUGGCCAAUCUAUUCAUAACCACACAUCACAGCUUGUAUUCUCUACCUCCGAGACCACUUCUACACAUUGCCCUAUCGGCCGGUCUAUCCGCUCUCAAGACACCGGCCUGUCACUCGGCGUUUACCUCGUCUUCGGCCAACGCUUCGUCAUCCACCACGACCGUCUGCCCCAUCUGCAGCACCGAGCUCAACGAACUCGCCCGCAACGUGCCUUAUGCCCUACACACCAAGAGUAUCGUGGAGAAUGAUCCGGUCGCGUUGCCCAAUGGACGGGUAUACGGAAGCGAGAAGUUGAGGAUCUUCAAUGAAAAGGUCGGGACCGAGAAGGGCUGGGUUCGAGAUCCGGUGCAUGGCAUCAGCGGAGAGGUGUGGAAGGAGAGCGAACUACGCAAGGUCUAUGUCAUGUAG